AUGGUGUUCUGUUUCAUUUCCACUACAGUUAGCCCACCGGCACUGAUUUAUAUGGGACAACAUCAGGAGGAAAAUGAGAAAUUGUUAAAGGAGGAAGGAAAGGAGAAUUCAGAUGACUUGUGGUUCCACGUCGACGGAAUGUCUUCUGCUCAUGUAUAUCUUCAGAUGCCACGUGGAAUGACGAUGGAGACGAUUCCGGAGGAGUUGCUAGAAGACUGCUGCCAAUUGGUAAAGAAACACUCAAUUCAGGGAUGCAAAUUGGAUGAAGUUCAAGUUGUGUAUACGAUGAAGAGUAAUUUGAAAAAGACGAAAGGAAUGGCUUCAGGACAGGUCGGUUUUCACAACCCGAAUCUGACUAAACUCUACAUCACAACCAAGAAAAACUCCGUGAAGAUUCUGAAACGACUUAUGGAGACACGAUGGAAGACUUGA